CUGAGGGCGAAGGAUCCGAACGCCUAGCUUUCUGCUUGCGGGGAAAAGGGGGAAAUCCGCCCGCUUCCUUGGCGCUGCACGGCGCCACCCUGACCCCGCGCCCCGUCCGUGGCUCCAGGUCCUCCCGCCGCCAUCAUCCCUUCCUUCCCAGGAGGAUGCGUCCCCGGGCCCGCCUCAAAACCCCCGCUUCCUCUUCCUGCCCCGCCUCCCGACGUUAGCCAGGUGACCGCCCUCCUCAUGUCCUGCCUCAAGGGGCCCCCGGGGCCCAACAGGAAGUUCCAUGAGCUCAACAGGAAGUUCCCCAACGAGGACCUCCUCGCCAACAGGAAGUUCAGCGAGGCCAACAGGAAGUUCCCCCCCAACGACGAAGUCCUCGCCCACAGGAAGUUCCCCCCCAACGACGUCCUCGCCCACAGGAAGUUCCCCCCCAACGACCUCCUUGCCAACAGGAACUUCAACGAGGCCAACAGGAAGUUCCCCCCCAACGACGUCCUCGCCAACAGGAACUUCAACGAGCCCAACGACGUCCUCGCCAACAGGAAGUUCCCCUCCAACGACCUCCUCCCCAACAGGAAGUUCCCCGAGCUCGGCCGGAAGUUGAGCCAUGAGGUCCUCGCCAACAACGACCUCCUCGCCCACAGGAACUUCAACGAGGCCAACAGGAAGUUCCCCCCCAACGAUGUCCUCGCCAACAGGAAGUUCCCCCCCAACGACCUCCUCCCCCACAGGAAGUUCCCCCCCAACGACAGGAACUUCCCCGGCGACACCUUCGCCGACAGGAAGUUCCCCGCCAACGACAGGAAGUUCCCCCCCAGCGACAGGAACUUCCCCGGCGACGCCUUCGCCGACAGGAAGUUCCCCGCCAACGACAGGAAGUUCCCCCCGGCCAUGAGGUCAUCGCCAACGAGGGCGUGGCCAAGCCGUUGGACCCGCCCCCCCUGUUCUACCCGGCGACCGGGGCCGAAGUGAUAGCCAACCAGUACGCCCUUCCCGCCAGUCCUCCCAGCGCCGAAUCCCUAGAGUGCCCCACCUGCGGCCACGCCUACAACUCCGCCCACAAGAGGCC